AAUUUCAAUUCCAUUUGGUAUCUUUUUUCUUCUAACAAAGCUUUUUGAUUCUUUUUUAUGUUUUUUUUUUCUCAUUUUUCUUUAAUUUCAUGUUUAUUUGAUUCCAAAUUAGGGCUUAUCUUGUUUGAGGCAUUCAUUUUGAAUCUGCAGUUUGCAAAUCGUUCACGCUUUUGGUUUUCGGUUUCUUGAUGAUUUCUAAAGCCAUAUAAAGAAUCAAGGACUAGCUCAAUCAUUUAUGGCGUUUCUUUGGCACUUUAUUUUCAUUUUCUUGAUAUUUUGCUUGAUCAGCUACCAACUUUUAUGGAACAUUAUAUUUAAUUUAGUUUUUUUAUUCUUCGUUACGGAACAUCCAAAUGCAUGUGAAGGAGGGAUUGAUUACAGGUGUAACUGAUUGAUAAAUUGGAUCUUCAGUUGUUGAUGAAAUGAUUGUUGUGUGUGGUUUUAUGCAGAGAUAAACGAUGAGGCUGAAGACAUAUGCGGGUCUUAGUUUGAUUGCAACUCUGGCUAUUACAUAUCAUGCAUUUAACAGCAGGGGCCAGUUUUAUCCGGCAAUGGUGUAUCUGUCAACUUCCAAGAUCAGUUUGGUUCUUCUUCUCAACAUGGGUUUGGUCAUUAUGUGUAGUUUGUGGCAAUUAACAAAAAAGAUAUUCCUGGGUUCCCUCCGAGAGGCAGAGAUCGAGAGGCUUAAUGAACAAUCAUGGAGGGAGGUCAUGGAAAUCCUCUUUGCAAUUACUAUAUUUAGGCAGGACUUCUCUGUCACAUUUCUUGCGAUGGUCACUGCAUUGUUGUUAAUAAAGGCUUUCCACUGGUUGGCUCAAAAGAGAGUCGAGUACAUUGAGACCACGCCUGCAGUUCCCUUGUUGUCCCAUAUACGAAUUGUAUCUUUUAUUGGUUUUCUCCUUCUUCUAGAUAGCCUUUUCUUAUACAGUUCUAUGAAGCAUUUGAUAGAUACGUGGCAGGCUUCAGUUUCACUAUUCUUUUCCUUUGAGUACAUGAUUCUCGCCACGACAACAGUGUCAAUUUUUGUAAAAUACCUUUUCUAUGUCAGUGACAUGCUUAUGGAGGGACAAUGGGAAAAGAAACCAGUCUUCACAUUUUAUCUGGAACUUAUUAGGGACCUGCUUCACUUGUCUAUGUAUCUGUGCUUCUUUCUUGUAAUUUUUGUAAACUAUGGUAUUCCCUUGCACUUAAUACGGGAGCUGUACGAGACGUUUAGGAACUUCAGAAUCCGUGUUGCUGAUUACAUACGAUAUCGUAAAAUCACUUCAAAUAUGAAUGAUCGCUUUCCAGAUGCAACCCCUGAAGAACUUAAUGCAAGUGAUGCAACCUGCAUUAUCUGUCGAGAAGAGAUGACUACGGCCAAGAAGCUUAUAUGUGGACAUCUUUUUCAUGUUCAUUGCCUACGAUCAUGGCUGGAGCGGCAACAUACUUGCCCCACCUGCAGAGCCUUGGUUGUACCACCAGAAAAUGUGACCACUGCAGCUGUAGGGCAGCAGCAAGGAUCACAGUCAGAUGGUCACCGACAUGAAACUGGGACCAGCACUAGAACUACAUCACAAACUGAAGUUGGCAAAGGGGUAGGUACUGAUAGUUUAAGUCGACAUCAAGCCAGACUCCAAGCUGCUGCUGCUGCAGCUUCAAUAUAUGAGAAGUCUUAUGUGUACCCCUCUGCAACUUCAUUUGCAUGCUCUCUUGGGUCCACCCUUCAUCCCCCAGAUCAAAUAUCUAUACCUGAAUCUACAAACGCUGACCAUAAUGGAGCACAAGCUUCCAGUGAACAAGCACAAAGGCAGUUUCUUAUCCUUGGUGGACCAACAAAUGUAUGCUUUCCUCCAAUGCAACACUUCCAAUUUCUUAACCCUGUUUAUGGAGAAGGGUUUGGAAAUGAUCCAAAUGUCCCAAGCUCUCAGCUGGAAGCUCAAAGAAAACUUCUUCAAUGCCAGAUUCAGAAUCUGCAAAAUGAGCUCGAGAUUUUGCAGAGGAUAAAAGGUGACAAUAGUGUAGGUGAGGGCACAUCCUCAUCAGAUAGCAGAGGCAAGUGUAUCACUUCCACGUCAGCAGAAUCUGGUCAUGGUUAUCUUGAGGAGAUUCAAGAUGGAAAAGCAUGAAGUCGGCUCCUUAUUUCUGGAUUAUACCAGGAGUAAACUGCCAAAUGUAGAGAUAGGAAAAGGAAAAUACGGAAAAUAACAGCAUUGCUCUAAUGUGACAUCUUCUGUUCUUCGUGAUACAAAUACUAAUCUUGUAAAUGCAUAGUGCCCCUUAAAAAUGAUUUAUGUUGCCUUUUGUAUUAAUAUGAAUUGCGCUUAUAUUAGCUUUUAAAUGAAUUAUAACCUUUUGGUCAUAAAUAACCAUAUUACGAUGCCUGCUUUUAAAUGAAUAUUCAUGCAUGUAGCUAGGAUUAGUCUAGCAAAGUGGGUAGUUUCAAUUUAAUCAUUGUGAGGCAAUUUUGUUGUAAAUUUGAGAUUACCGAUCAUAUAUACAAUGAUGUACAGAAAUAGCAUUUCUUUU